GAUGAGUUUCAGAAAUCACCUCCACAUGCUCAAGGAUGGUAACAAGAGCAAGCAGUCAUGCAACGAUCAGCACUGGAUUGCGCUUUCCAGGAAAUGACGUCACAGGAAUUUAGCAGCUCUUACACUAUUAUGGCCUUAAAAGGAAAGCUUGUAUGAAAGAGUGAGGUGGAAAAGGAUGAUUCGCUGUGGGGAAUCCUGAUGGGAAAAACCGAAAGAGAAAGAAGAAGAACACAGACAGUUUGAGCUGGAAAAAUCAAGCUUGCACAAGAAACCAAGCACAAGAUAUGUACAAUGCGUAAAUAGAGGAAGUCAAUAACCGAACACCAAGAGGAGAUCAGAGCGAAUCUGAGGAUGCAAAUGGUGAAGCUUCCAUGCUGCAGUUUCUGAAAGCUGAUAAAAAGAAGAAAAGAUGAAGCACAAACCUCUCUGUGAAGAAGGAAUCAUCACAAGUUUCUCUAAUAUAGGAAGAAGUGGAAACACAACAAAGCAACAAAGGACUUUUGAUGAAGAAAACCACCAAAAGAACCAUCAAAAAGAAAUUGAAGCCCUGUUCAACAGACUUCACAGACGACAGCAGAAGUUUUCACCAGCAGAUUUUCUCCAGAUUGGUCCUCCUUUGAAACCGAUCACUGACACACCUGAAAAAGAUGUAGCACAAGCUUUUCUUCAGAGGUUGAUGGCUUUAGAUUACAGAGCCAGAUACAUCCCUGUUCAACCAGAUAGUUCUGAGGUGAAUUCACAGUCUCUCUCUGUUUCUGAGACUGUUAGCACAGAUGAUGAUGACAUAUAUGCUUUAUUUAGCAGAAAUGAACAUUCUGAUCAGUCCAAACAGAAUCUUGUCCACCCCAUGGAUGUUCAGAUGGUUGUAUUUCACUGCUCAGACAACUUCCUGAAGCAAAACAUGAUCACAAAGUUGUCACAGUGUCAAUACGCCUUACCUCUGCUUGUUCCUGAUCUUGCUGCAGCAGAUAUUGAGUGUCCUCUGUGGACAUUCAGACAAAUAAGGAAAACCUGGAAGAAAACUGAAAUUAAAGAUAAUUCAAAGACUGUCACCAUCAAGAGUCUGCCAAUCUGCAAAGCUGAAACUCCAGUGGUGUCUUUCUUCCGUCUGGGUUCACUGUCUCAGUCCAAAUCUCAGCUCAUGAACACUUUGAUCAACGACCGUCACAACACCUUCUUCCACAGAAACUGUCAAAGAAACACCAAAUCUCGUCAUGUGAUGGAUGAGGUUGUAGAGAUUGCCUGGUACUGUCCAGCUGGAAAAGGCAAUGAUUCAUUCUCUGACUGCAUUGCCUUCUGUAAUCUUCAUGGAGAUUCUCUGUUGAUGGAAAAACAACGAGAAAUACUGACGGAAAUAUCUUCAGUCUUAGUUGUUCUUGUACCAGCUGUGGAAAAAGGUCAGGAAAAUUCUAAAGUUGUUUCCACCCUUUUUGGAUCUCCAAAUCCUCUGAUUGUUCUCACUGCUGAUAACGACUGUGGUGCUGUUGAGAUCAAACCACAAAAAUACAAAGUAGGACUGAAAGACAGAAGUCAAUCUGAUAUUUCUGAGGAACUCAAAGGAAUCAUUAGACAGAUUUUGUCUGGAUCAAACAAAUCCUUCAAGCUUGAGUUGAUGUCCAAGAUCACUGGAGUCAGAGUGGAUGAAGAUGACACAGUCUGUCAAAAUGGAAUAUCUGCUGCCAUGAACAUAGUAAAGCUGAUUCAGGACAUGGAUGUUUACAGGAUCAAAGAUACUUUUCUUCCUUGUCAAGGUCAACUUUGGCAUGAGUGGUGCAGAACAAAAAAAGAAACAUUCUGCCUCAGAGGAAACAUUGAGGAAGAAAAAAGUCAGAAAGAUCAGCAACUGAUGCAAAUCCGACAGAAGCAAUGUGCUGCUUCCUGUAGUGAACUGAUGAAAUCAUUCACUGACAGCCUCAUGCGUUUGGAACAGAAAGACAAAGAAUACUUCCUGAAAUGGACUCAGAUCCUGAUAGAUGAACUCUCCUCAAAGGAUCUCUCUGCAAUUCUCAAAAACUAUGAUGAAAAGUGGUCAGAGGUCUUGGAUUUAAAGAAACAUGACAAAUUUGAUCAGUUAAAAUCCAAACAAGCUGAACUUGAAGAAAUAUCAAAUAAUCUGCAGGCAGCAAACUUUGGUUUGGAGCACAUCUUCAGAGAAAUGGCCCAGAUCUAUGAAGCCCAUCAAUCUCUAAAGAAACAAACACACUGCACACACACUGAAUGGGAUAAAUACCCUGAGCUGGCUGCAGAUCUGAUGAUAUCUCUGGAGUUGAUGGAUGGUGAUGCAGUUCACCUGCCUUUAACUUGGAUCUCUGGUCUUUUACAGGAAGUCAUUAAGAAACUGAGUGACCAGAGAGUUUUUGUGUUGUCAGUUUUGGGCGUUCAAAGCAGUGGAAAGUCAACAAUGCUGAAUGCCAUGUUUGGACUGCAGUUUGCUGUGAGUGCAGGCAGGUGCACCAAGGGUGCAUACAUGCAGCUGGUCAAAUUAUCAGAGGAAAUCAAGAAAGAAUUCAAGUUUGACUAUAUUCUAGUCGUGGACACUGAAGGACUAAGAGCUCUUGAGCUGGAAGGUUCAAACACUCUUCACCACGACAAUGAACUGGCAACAUUUGUUGUUGGUUUGGGAAACAUGACGCUGAUCAACAUUUUUGGUGAGAAUCCAGCUGAGAUGCAGGACCUGCUUCAGAUUGUUGUUCAGGCUGUCAUGAGGAUGAAGAAAGUUCAGCUUUCUCCAAGUUGUGUGUUUGUUCACCAGAAUGUUACAGAUGUCACAGCUGUAGAGAAAAACAUGGACGGAAAGAGACGACUGCAGGAGAAACUGGACAAGAUGGCUCAACUAGCUGCCAAAGAGGAAGGAUGUGAAGCUGAAUGUUUCAGUGAUAUUAUUGCAUUUGAUGUGCAAAAAGAUGUGAAAUACUUUGCCCAGCUGUGGGAGGGAAGUCCACCAAUGGCUCCUCCAAAUCCAGGUUACAGUGAGAGCGUCCAAGAACUGAAGAGCAUCAUCCUGUCUAAAGCUUCAGAGUCUGAUGGAAUCAAACUCUCACAUUUCAGCAGCAAAAUACAGGACCUGUGGAACGCUCUAAUGAAUGAAAACUUUGUUUUCAGCUUCAAGAACACUCAAGAAAUCUCAGUGUACAGAAAACUUGAGGUCCAGUACGGAAGCUGGACUUGGACUCUGAGGAGUGAGAUGCUGACCAUUCAGAACCAACUUCAUCCACAAAUAGAAAAUGGACAACUUAACAAUAUUGAACUCAGUGACCUUUCUAAAAGAAUGAGCAGAAAAUAUGAAGAAAUCAAGACAGAAAUCACAGAUUACUUUGAGAAUGACACAGACAAAGAGCUGUUAGUCCAGUGGCGUGGACGAUUUGAAAACAAAAUCAAAGACUUUCAUCAGGAGCUUCUGACAGGACUUAAAAGAAAACUGGAUGAAGUCAUUCAGCAGAAGAAAGCCUGUAAGAAGCUUGAGGAGAAGAAAACAGAUUUUGAAAACCAAUUGCUGCAAAAAAGCAAAGAUCGCGCUCACACAUUAAGAGAGAUCCAAAUAGACGAAGAGGAACUACAAAUGCAGUUUGACUCUGUUUGGAGUCACUGGGUUGAAGAAUUAACUACAGGUAUAAAACCCAUUGAGGACAUCAACCUGGAAGAAGAUCAGUUCAAUGUCCUUCAAAGCCUUGGUUUUGAAUGGACUCUAUGUGAUGAAUUGAAAAGCAGUGAAAAAUACAAAAAACUGCCAGAAAAAGGUAAUUAUUCUAAAUAUAUUAACUUUAAAAUGUCCCAAAAACGUAAAACUGCAUUGAAUUAUGUAGAAGAGGUGAUGAAACUUAAAUCUCGACUUCUGUCACAUGAAGAUCAGGAACAGAUCAGAUCUUUCAUUAAAGAUGUUCAACAAAAAUCACUGAAGAUCAUUCAGAGCAAACCUGUAACAAAAACAGGCUACACAUCAACUUACCUGCAUGAAGUGGCUAAAACUGUUCAAGAAAAUGUGACAGAAUUGGAAUCAAAGAUGAAAAUUACCUUCAAGAAGGAGUUUACAGUUGAUCUUCUGCUGUUUGUCUUCCACAUGACAGCUGGUUGGAUUUUACAGUCUCACAAACAAUACAAAGACAACAAUGAUGCUGUGAAAGUCUUGAACAGAAAGAAAAAUGAAUAUUUCAGCAUUUUCAAUAAUUUCUGUAGAGGAAGCUCGUCUGUUGUGGUGUUUGGAGAAAUCAUCUGUGAGAAACUGAAGGUCUCUGCUGUUGAGGCUGUGUGUAACCAGACUGCUGUUGACCUUGCUGGAGAACUCAGGAAGAAAAUCGAAGAACUCACUCACAAGUUAAGAAAGACAAAAAUAGAUGAAAUGGAACUAAAAAGGCAGUUUGACUCUGUUUGGAGUGACUGGGUUGAAGAAUUAACUUCAGGUAUAAAACCCAUUGAGGACAUACACCUGGAAGAAGAUCAGUUCGCUGUCCUUCAAAGCCUUGGUUUUGAAUGGACUCUAUGUGAUAAACUGAUAAAGACUGGAAAAUACAAAAAACUGCCAGAAAAAGGUAAUUAUUCUAAAUAUUUUUUUUUUAAAAUGUCCCAAAAAUUCAAAGCGGCAUGGAAUAAAUUAGGAGAGAAAAUAAACCUUAAAUCUGAACCUUUGUCGCAUGAAGAUCAGGAACAGAUCCGUUCUUUCAUUGAAGAUGUUCAACAAAAAUCACUGAAGAUCAUUCAGAGCAAACCUGUAUCAACACAAGGCUACACAUCAACUUACCUGCAUGAAGUGGCUAAAACUGUUCAAGAAAAUGUGACAGAAUUGGAAUCAAAGAUGAAAAUUACCUUUAAGAAAGAGUUUACAGUUGAUCUUCUGCUGUUUGUCCUCCACAUGACAGCUGGUUGGAUUUUAAAGUCUCACAAACAAUACAAAGACAACAAUGAUGCUCUGACCUACUUGAAUAGAAAGAAAGAUGAAUAUUUCACCAUUUCCAGUAGUUUCUGUAAAGGAAGCUCGUCUGUUGAGGUGUUUGGAGAAAUCAUCUGCGAGAAUCUGAAGGUCUCUGCUGUUGAGGCUGUCUGUAACCAGACUGCUGUUGACCUUGCUGGAGAACUCAGGAGUAAUGUCCCAGCAUUCAAUGGAAACAGGCUGAAACUGGAAAAACAUGUGUUAAAGGAUCUGGCAGAGAAAGAAGACUUCAACAGAUACAUCACCUACAUCAGAAAUCCAAGAGAGCAAGUAGAGAAUUUUAUAAGAGAACAAGUAAAGACGUACAUUUCUGUUGAAAACAAAGAUAAAGCUCAGAAAAUCCUCCAGAAAAAUGUAGACGACAUCCAGAAGCUCAUCAGUCAAAGUUUCUUUGAAGCAACAGAGAAGUUCAAAACUGAAAAAGGAGAGAUAAACAUGUGGAUGAAGGAGUUCUCCAGUUUACUGAGCUGUAAGCUGACAUUGGAUACCAUUUCCUGUCAGAACUUCACUGAUGUAAAUGAUUUAGACUUUUUAAGAGAUGAGAUAGAAAAAGGUCUUCAAACCAUCACUAAGGAGAUGAAGGAGCUUCCUGUGGAUGAGGUGAUGAAGUACAGACAGAAACCUGAUGACAUCCUCAUUGAGCAGCUGUGUAACUGCUGCUGGGAACGAUGUCCAUUCUGUGCAGCUGUUUGCAUCAACACCAUCAAAGACCACAGUCCAGAAAAACACAGUGUUCCUUUUCACCGACCAUCUGGAGUUGAAGGAUGGCAUAGAAAAGGCACAGUGGACCUAGUUAUUGAUUUCUGCACCACAUUAGUUGCGAGUGAUAGAAGCUUCUAUCCCAGCCGUGAAUCAGAGAAGAGAAUUCCUUUUAAACAGUAUCAAACUGCAGGAGGAAAAUAUGCAUCAUGGAGCAUUACUGCAGAUGGAUCUACGCUGAAAUACUGGAAAUGGUUUGUUUGUCGCUUUCAGAAGGAACUAGAGGAUUAUUAUAAACUGAAGUUUCAGGGUGGGGGUAAGAUUCCAUCUGAAUGGAGAAAGUACAGUAAAGAAGAAGCUCUGGAAAGUCUGAAUGAAAUGUCCAGUUUGUGAGAAAACUGCAAACAUUCUGGAGCUUUAAAGAGAUUCCUUUGAAUAAUUUUCCAGAAAGAAAUGUUUAGCUUUUAUUCACAAAGAGCAGCCAAAGAAACAUUUUUUUCAUUUAAACAUCGUUUCAUUUACGUAGCUGUAACAGCAGCUUGAAUCUAAUAUCACCUGAAGAAUCUAAAUAGCUAAAAGAAAAGCAAAACUUGUUUGUAAAAAUGAAAGUCUAAGUAAUGUUAAGGAAUAAAUGUACCUUUACUCUCUAAGAAUUUUCAUGAAAUAUAUUUGUUUCCAUUUUUUUACUACAUUAUUUUUGUGUUCCUUUUACGUCUCAUAUUGUGUUGUCUGAAUCCAUCUUCAACAGCGCAUAUAGUAAAAUUAUUUAGAUUUUAACUAAUCAACAGAAAGUAAUUUUUAGAUGUUUUAACUAAAUUUUCCGUUUUUACUGUCCAAAAAGGGACUCUUAACAUUUUCGAAUUCAUGAAUUAUAAUAAAGAUUAUCUUCAAGAAAAAAUAAUCAUAGAUUUAUGUGCUGAGUCUUUUUAACAAUGAUAUUAAUUUUUUUAUUACAGAAUUUGAGCCCGUUGAAUUAUAUUUGUUCUUGUUAAUCUCAUUUCUGCAUUGAACGGUUGCUUUUCUGCAGUCUUUUUGUGUCUGAUAAAACACAACUCAUUGAGUUGUGUUUUAGCUCAUUUUGAAACUUUGAAACUCAUUUCAAAAGUUGGUGGUCAGUACUUUUUUAAUUAAUGCGUUUUUUUGGUUGCAGUAAAUUAAAGCACUCUGGACCUGCUGUUUUUAUUUUUUCAUUGGUUGUUUUUUGUUUUCUUAAUUUUUCAAAGCAAAAAAAAAAAAAUUCCUCUGUGGUGAUGUAAAAUGUUGGAAGUCUCUUGCAAUAAAAAAAACUUAAUAUAAAGACAUUUUCUAGUUGUAUUUUGAUCUUUUCUUGUUUUUUUUAAAGAGAAUUUCACAUUGUUAUUACAUUAAAAUUAUGAGGUGGAAGAUCUUUUGAGAUUGUCAUCCUAAAAGUAGCUCACCCCGAAUUAGAGCCAUCAAUAAACCUAUGUUACAAGUUUCUUGCUUGCUGUGAAUACAUUGUUUGUAGAAUUAUCAUAUCUUUUUGAAAAAAUGUAAUGUUCUUUUUUAAAUCUGUUUUUGUCUUUAUCAAUCUAUGACAUGGAUUUAAGUAACUGCUCAGUAAAACUGCAGAGGAAAUUUCAUUAGGUGAAACAAACAGUACUCCAUCACUCUUUCAAGGUUGUGAGCAAACUGUGCUUGUUGUUGUCAUAAUUAAUAUAAAACAAAUGUUCCAAAGGUGA